AUUUGACGACGAGGGUAGGCGAGGCAACUGGUUGGCGUCUUCCAAGUUAUCAUUUCUAGAUUAUUCAAAUGACUGAGAGGAAAUUUAAAUAACUUUUCUUGCUAAGUGUUGCUUAUGAAUCCACAUAAGGUUAAAAAAAAUCCGGGCGGAGACCAAGCCGCAAGUGAUAUUAAUUCUAAAACUGAAGUUGAUUCUGAAGCAAGUGACGUUAUGAAGCGUGCAGCUGCAAAACGUCUGAUUGAACGCUACUACUACCAAUUGACUGAUGGUUGCGGUGAUAAUGACUGUAGGAACGAGAACUGUGCCUCAUGCAAUGCAUUUGUCUAUAAGAAUUGCAGCCGUAACCAGCUUGCUGUGCAUGCGCUGCACCUGUUCAAACAGAAAGCCCGCCUAUGUGAGGCUCACCCUGCUAAGAUAGCCAAGCGGCCAUCAGAGAGUGAGGAAAAUGCCACAACCAGCGUGUCUUGCAUGAAGAGUGGAGACCUGAAUGUUCAUGGUACAGUAUCCGGCAGUGGCAUUAGUGUGAGACUAGACGGUGGCGGCAGUAGCUCGUCAGCUGGAGGAGUAAGAGCCCACUAUCCAGUAGCUAUGGUUUUUGGCACAAAAGAGGAACAACCCUCAACAUCAAACAUGAAACCCAGUGCUCAUCAGGAGUCGACAUUAUCAGUGAAAAACUUUUUAACAGAGCAAAAACUAAUAGAAAUAAUUAAAGAGUGUAAAAAAGAUGGCAACUGGUCAAAGCUGAUUCAUAUUAUUGGUGCAGUAUUUAAUAAUCCGGACGCAAUUAUUCUGAGUUUCCGUCGCAAAGAUGACGUUUCAUUAUCAAAGGAAACUCACAGAGCAAUGCAGUUGGAUUUAGACAAAGAUAUGGACGAACAAGAAAAUGAAAAUGAACCUUGCCGUUCAGCUAAAAGUGAUAGUGUUAUGGAAAGUACUGUGAUGGACUCUGAAAGUUUAGAGUAUGUAACAGUGGACAUACCUUCAGUGCGAAGGGCAUUUAAAGCUCUGAUGGAAAUACCAGAGCUCCCAUUUCAAUGUUCCUUAAUACAAGCCAUUUGUUCAUUAUCUAAGAACCUGGAUGUGGAAUUAAGGUACCGCAAGCCAAUAGAAAAAAACCCAAAUUACAUAAAUAUUUUUAUAAUUAUCAUGGAGAUCCCAUUUUUAUACGAGCCUGAGUUUAUCGACAGUGCUUUCCCUGAUUUCUGCAACACGAUCGGACAGUUACCUUUACAAAGCCAAGUGAAGCUGGCCCAUGUAUGGUCCAAGUAUCCUGCACAACAGCUGAAGAGCAUGGUGUGUUCUCUUCAUCAGUUGAUCACUGUGCGUGUGAUGAAAGGAGAAGUGCAGUGGGGACGGGGGUGCCCGGUCAACGACGACAGCGGCAUCAGUGGAGCGGCUCGAGUCAUGAAGAUUCUCUACUAUGCUAGCAUGCUUGGUGGUAUUUACGAUUCGAAACAGUUGAUCGACGAAGAGAAAAAACUGAACGAUGCUGAUGUGAACUUCCAUGAAUUAGUAGGUGCCGUGGCUGCAGAACCGAAGGAUCAAAGGAAACCAAUCGAAGAUCCUUUAGGCAAGGAACUCGGUAUUUCUCCUAUACACUGCCGAACGCCGCUAGUUCCCUUUGAGGAUUUUGUGAAUGAUCUUUUAAAUGAAUAUUUGGACGUUGGCACGGAUUUUUCCUACUACAAAUCAGAAUCUAGUAACAGCAAGUUUUCUUUUGUGAACCACAGUUUUCUCUUGACAACUUGUUCUAAGCACACGGUAAUGUACUUUGACAAUCGUAUUCAUAUGCUUAAUGAAAGGAGGACUUCUUUGAUACAGACUUUAGUUCAUGGUGCACCGACCAUGCCAUAUCUGCGACUAAAAGUUCGACGAGAACGUCUCAUCGAAGACGCCCUUGUUGCGGUAAGUAGCAGUGGUUUGUUUGUUUUUUUUUCUUCCUCUUUUGAAAGUCUCCUAUUAUAUUUAACGUGUAUGGAUAUGUUGCAUUAUUCCAUCAUACAUCAUGUUUCCAUGCAAUCAACUUUACAAAUUUGUGACGGUGUAGAUGAAGGUGGCGUAUCGAAAGAGUUCUUUCAGUUGGUAGUUGAAGAUAUUUUUAAUCCAGACUUUGGAAUGUUCACAUACAAAGAAGAAACUGGCCAAUACUGGUUCAAUCCUAGCUCACUGGAGAAUGAUGGCCAAUUCACAUUGAUAGGCAUCGUGCUUGGUCUCGCAAUAUAUAACAGUGCUAUCCUGGACAUUCACUUCCCAAUGGUGGUUUACCGAAAGUUGAUGGGCAAGAAAGGCACUUUUACAGAUUUAAAAGACGUUGACCCAAUACUUGCACGGAGCUUACAUGAUCUUCUACAAUAUGAUGGGGAGGUAGAGAAAGAGUUUAUGCAAGCAUUUUGCAUCUCGUACAGGGAUGUAUUUGGUAAUGUGAUCACACAAAAUCUCAAAGAAAACGGAGAUCAAAUUCCAGUAACAAAUGCUAAUAAACGGGAAUAUGUGAAUUUGUAUGCUGAUUACUUGCUGAACCGGUCUGUCGAAAGACAAUUCCGUGCCUUCAAGUGCGGAUUCCGGAUGGUUACAAAUGAGAGCCCUCUACAUGCUUUGUUUCGUCCAGAAGAGGUAGAGCUAUUGGUAUGCGGCAGCAAGCAAUUUGAUUUCCAUGCUUUAGAGGAAGCUACUGAAUAUGAUGGUGGGUUCACAAAUGACUCUGCUACCAUAAGGAACUUCUGGUCUGUGGUACAUGAUUUCACUGAAGAGCAACAGAGGAAAUUAUUACAGUUCACCACAGGGACGGACAGAGUUCCAAUAGGUGGCCUCUCUAAAGUCAAGUUAAUUAUUGCCCGCAAUGGUCCAGAUUCUGACCGGUGA